GAGGGACCGUGUUUGUCAGGAGCUUUGGGGCGUUCACACGAGAAGCCGGGCAUAGCGAUUGGACAGCUCACGAGAGAUACAAACACACGUGUGAUGUGUUUUUAGCUUUCAAACUGAAUUUAGGCGGGUUGUUCGGUUUUCCUCCGCAGUAUCCACUGCAGUCUGUAUCGAGAUCAGACAGCUCCGUGACGGCUGUUUGGAAUGAUUCGGUUGUAUUAAGAUUCAGUUAGAAGUGUUUUGAUGGGGAAUAACGGAUCUUCCACGGGGGUUUCCGCUCAAGGGACAGUUCACAAGAAAAGAGUUCAGUGGCAAAGCAGAAGUCUGCAAGACUCCAGCCUACAGCAUCGCCCAGUGGCCAGUAGGCAGUACUGUACGGUUUCCAACAGUGGAGCAGAGCGCCACAACUCUGCCCUUCCAAUCAGCGUCAAGUCUCCCCGUUUUCACCCCCACGCCAAGGGCAAAAAUAUUCGACUGGACACACAACUGCGCCGGGCAACUCGGAAGAACAGUUUCUGCAAUGGCAUCACCUUCAGCCAGUGUCCUCUGCGUUUGUAUGAGAAGGUGCGGUUGCGCCUCUCAGGUGUCCACACAGGCUGGAGUGGAGCUCUACGCUUUGGUUUCACAAGCUUAGACCCUAGCAAUCUUGCCUUAGCUGACAUCCCCAAAUAUGCUUGCCCCGACCUGGUGACACGGCCAGGAUACUGGGCCAAGGCCUUGCCUGAGAGGCUGGCCAUGCGGGACAAUGUUCUGGCCUUCUGGGCUGACCGACAUGGCCGGGUCUUCUACAGCAUCAAUGAUGGAGAGCCCAUUCUCUUCCACUGUGGUCUAAGUGUCGGAUGCCUGCUCUGGGCCAUCAUAGACAUCUACGGAACCACACAAGAAGUUACAUUGCUCGAGAGCACGUUUGCUGAGAGCGUGGGCACAAGCUGUCUGAGUAGUGCCAGACUUAGUGCCUAUCUUCCCCAGAGCAACCACGACUCGGCUAACUACAGCAACAACCAGCUAGAGAGCAGCCAGGCUGCAGCAGCUAAAUUUGCCACAUUACAUCUCAGCAACUACAACCAACUCAUCCCCUGCUGCUCUAUGUCUUCUGCACCCUCUUCAACCACCUCCUUAAACAUACAGAGGGCUGCCCGCCAGCUCUCCAUGCCCCUUGACACUGACCUGCAUUUUCACCCAGUGCGAGGCCCUGACGUGGUUCUCUCAAAUGAUCAUACAGUUGCAUGUACCCACUUCCUGGACAGCAGCAGGACGUUGAUGUUCAGUGACAGGCCCGUCCGGGUUGGCGAGACUCUGUAUGUGGAGGUGGGUCAUCUAGGCUUGCCUUACUUUGGGGCUCUUCUCUUUGGUAUGACCUCUUGUGAUCCAGGCACCCUCAAUGCUGGAGAGCUGCCAGCUGACCCAGAGGUGCUUCUGGACCGUAAGGAGUAUUGGGUGGUCUACAGGGGUUUUCCUGUGCCAGCGGCAGGUGAUGUGCUCAGCUUUACAUUUCUGGCCAAUGGGGAGGUCCAUCAUGGGGUCAACGGAGGGGCACGCUGUCGUCUUCUGUGUGUUGACUCCUCUCAGGUUCUGUGGGCCUUCUUUACACUACACGGAGCUGUGAACCGGCUCAGAAUAUUAGGAACUGUUCAGGCCAGCCCUCCCACCUCCCCAUCAGUGUCUCAGGUAUCAACGCCUGAUGACAGUGACUCUGAUCUGGCUUUCACUGUCAACAGAUCCUCAUCAGCAUCUGAAUCCUCUCUAGUGACGGCUCCCAGCUCUCCUCUCAGUCCACCUGUCUCACCAAGUCUAUCCUCGUCAGAUGCAGCCCUGAGCAGCAAGAGCAGUGAGUGCACAGUGUGCUUCGAUCAAGAGGUGGACACCGUCAUCUAUACGUGUGGACACAUGUGUUUGUGUAAUGACUGUGGACUGAGGCUCAAGAGACAGAUCAAUGCGUGUUGUCCGAUUUGUCGGAGACCCAUAAAGGACGUCAUAAAAACCUACAGACCAUGAAGGGACUAAAACAUUUUGUGUCAAAUGAUUCAAUGCCAAACUUUGGAAGCUGUGGUUUAAUAUCUGGACUAAACUUGUAUUUAAGACCUUUUAUGUAGCUUUGAUUUGUGUAGCAUUAAGCUCUUGUCCAUUUUUCUCUCACCUCAUAUGUUAAAAGCAGAUCAUCUGAAGCUGAAGAUGAUUCAAGGUUUGAGAAUUAAUCUCUGUUUUGAACUGAUAUUUCCAGUGCCUUUAACAUUGUUUAUCGUUCCUCAAGCAUCAAACAGAUGAAUUAGACAAUCAUUUCUGAGAUGUAUUGCAUAGGUAUGAAGAAAUAAUUCAGAGAGACCUCAAGAUAUGAAGUAAAGAAUGUUUUAUUGUGUAAGUAAAUAAUACACAGGUCUACAAAUCUGUUUUUAUAUGUUAUUUUAAAGGAGUUAAAAGCUGUUGUCAUAUUGCAAGUGAAGAAAGAUUUGCAUUAUGAUAGUUGAAGGGUUUGGAGAUUUGUUGCACUUAUAUCUAGAGCUAAACUCGGCACUAAAAACACAUCUGUCCCUCUGGAUGAAGUGAUUUCAGAUGUGGAUCUUGAGGACUGCAUUUUAAGUAAGAACAAAAUAAUUUUUUAUAUAAUAGAGUGAUGUGGUAUUGUAUUGUAUUGUAUUGUAUUUCAUGUUUUGUUUUUUGUUUUCACAGAAGAUUUCUGUUUCUUUGUUUGUUUGAUUUGGAAUUAAUGACAUGGAGAAUCUGUUCUUUUCUUCUUACCUUGACAUUUUGUCCAAUUAGCAGUCUGAAAUUAAACCACAAACAAUAGGUUUAUUCUUUACAAUAAUCUUUUUUUUUUUUGGACUGUACAUCAGGAUGCAUUAUACUUAUUAGUAACAUAGAAGUGCCAGUGGUGAUGAUGAGAUAAAUUAUGUAAAACUAUUUACAUAAAAUCAAGUACUCGUGUAAUGGAUCGUAUACUACCAUCCAUUUAUCAUCAUUGUUGGUCUUCUGUCAAAUGUAACGUAAAAAUGCCAGUGACCAGACAAAACUAUUUUGUUUGGUUGACACCAUGAUUUCAAUUGGUUACAGUUGAAUUUUAGUUUCAUAUUAUUGUCAAUAAAAACCAGCCACAGUU